ACCUAUCCUAUCCCUAUACAACAUACCUUCAAAUACAGCUAUAUCCCUUUCUUUAUCCUUUUAUUUCAUCUUGUUCAAUUCAAUUUAGUUGAAUGUUUCAACAAUGUCACGAGGGCCUGGUCAGUUAAUCAACAACUUGAAGCAAUUUACUGACCUUCAAUACAAGCAAUUCACUAACCGCUAUGGACAACAACUCAUUGACAUAUUUGAAUUCCCAAUAAAACUCGUUCUUUCCCCUUUUACACUUGCUUAUGACAUUGCUGGGUCUGCCCCGAGAGGUUUCGGUGUACCUGAAUUCAUCUCUAAGUUGUCUUAUUCUACCAUCUUUGUGGUGGCUACUCUGGGUACUUAUGACAUUGCUUUGGAGCUCGGAAAGAAGGUGAUCUGCCAGAGGGACUGCCGGACAUGCAGCGGAUGGCAGGCGUUGCAAUGCACAAUGUGCAAAGGUUCAGGCAAGGUGCAUUACCAAGUGAAAAACUAUACAUUGAAAAGGGGAGAAAAGGCAACAGCUGAAUCCAUUGCUGAUGCCAUAGCUGAUAACAGAGCUGAGUUGGUGCACCUUCCUUCCACGGUGGACCUUCAAGUGCCACUGCCAUCUAAAGAUUGUCCCAGUUGUGAUGGAUCGGGUGUGAUGAAAUGCCCGGAAUGCAAAGACAAGCUGCAAGUCAGGAUAUCUGCAGAUGAUAUUAUGGAGCCUCCUUGGAAAGCUUAUAAUAUCAUGAGAAAGAUGGAUUAUCCUUACGAGCAUAUUGUUGAGAGUAUGAAGGACCCCAGCAUUGCUGCAUUUUGGUUGCUUACCUUGCCUCAGAUUGUGGGUGGAUUUGAAUAUGAUGAUGAUGUCAAGAAGAAGAUUUGGUGGCAAUAUAAGGAAUCUAUGCGAUAUGAUCAACUUCGAGAUGUGGUGGCCAAGAGAAAACCUGGAUGGGAGUAUUUGCAAGAAGCCUUGGUCUCUAUUGAUCCCGCCCGAGCUAGGGAAGAUCCUGUUGUUGUGAAGAACGUCCCUUACUUCAAGGCCAAGAAAGCUCUGGAGGCAGAAGUCAUGAAGCUUGACCCUCCGCCCCGUCCUCAAAAUUGGGGGGAAUUGAACCUUCCACUAGACGCAUCUUCUUGGAGUGAAAAGGACCUCAAAGACCCAAAAAAGCUAUAUGAGAUGACAGUUCUUCUUAAUGCACAAAGAGAAAUUGCUGAAAAGAUGCUGGAUGCUCAGUGGGAAGUGAAGUGGAGAGAAGAAAAGCUUAACAAAAUGUUGGAGGAGAAGGUCCGCCCAUACAUUCAGAAUAUUGACAAUUCUGUACUUCCUCAGCCUAUUGUUAUGGAACCAGAAAGGAAUCAGGAUCAAAAGAAAAAGCAUGGACGAAGGAGAUGGUGGUUGUUCUGAUUGUAUUUGCUUAGCCAGUAGCUACCCGAGGAAAUCUAAUGCUUAUAAAAGCAGCUUUUUUGUAGAUUGUACCAUUUGUCGUUUUCUUUUUAAUUUUCCUUCCCCCUUUAUGUUCUUCUAUUCAAGUGUUUGUUGCACGUAGCAGAGUGAAGUUGUCAUCUCUUUCUUUCUACCCCUCUCUCUAUUUAUCUUAUGUUACAAAAUACAAAACAACAAAUGCGUAAAGCAGAUUAUAUAAAAAAUUUCCUAGUCUUUCUUCCCCCUA